AUGGAAAGUUGGUUCCUCCAGCCACCACCACCAGCUCGAUCCUUUCCUCCUUCUCGCGAUCUGAACUCCCCAUCUCUCCCCACUCGAUUUGCCGGCGGCUAGCGGCGCGCCGGCGAGCACGUGCCGAAAUCGGCCGAGGAGGCGUUGCGGCCGUUGUCGGCGACUGGGACAAAGCCUGCGCGCACGGGCGCUAGGCGAAGCGGCAGUCCGGCGAGCGGCCGACGAGCAGGAGGCGGAUCUGGACGGCGUCGUCUUCGCCUGAGCCAGCCCCUUACCCUGCAUCGACCUCCCGAGGCUGGGACCUCAUCCGCGCGAACGGCCAGCGGCGGCCGAGGCGUUCCGAAUCUGGCGGCCAUCCUUGGAGGCGCACUCGGCAACAUCCGGUCGUUCUUAUCGCCGGCCACAAGCUCAGCUGCAAUGGCCCCCACGGAGUCAUGCUCGUCGGCGGCGGUCUCAUAGUAGCCGAGAUACUGAUUUCCACAGGGAUGAAUUAAGCUAGGGUCAUUCUAACCUGUCAGAGCUGGAUAGUGCUAAAAAGAGGGAUACAUGGAGCUUCAGCAGGAAAGCUCAGAUGCCGGGACUUUGUUCUCCGCGGCAUCAAGGAACCUAUCAUCUUCUUCAUCAGCAUUUGUUUCUGCGAAUCAGUCACCUUUCUUCACGCCACGAUGUCUAUCUGCUCGUGUUCCAGAUCACGCACAUCCUGAUAACAAUAAUUCCUUGAAUGGCACUGUGCUGAAAAUUGGUGAUAUUCUCUCCAAUGAUGCCCUGAUACAGCGGAAGCAAUUACCAUCAGCCACUGUUGGGUUAUUGACGUCGGAUGUUUCUCCUCCUCCUAGCCUUUGUACUUCAAGCAAUUUUGACAUUCCAGCAAUUGUCUAUAACAAUCCUAGUUUCAUUUCCACCUUCAGUGAUCCAUGUCAAGGUAGUUCAUCAGCAACAAGCACAGGAGUCCGUUCAACUCGGAAGGAGAAGCAUAGAAGACAGUGGGGAUUAUAUCGGAAAUCUUCAUCUUCUCAACCUACAACAUCAGCUACCUCCAUUAAUAGGCUUCGGUGCUUUGAUGUGUACAUAGGAUUUCAUGGUCGUAAGGCUUCACUGCUGAGGUUCACAAAUUGGCUCCGUGCAGAGCUUGAGAUACAUGGAAUCAGCUCUUUUGCUUCUGACAGGUCUAGAUGCCGGAGUUCUCACAGCCAUGAUACUAUUGAGAGGAUCAUGAAUGCUUCCACAUAUGGAGUUGUCAUCCUCACGAGAAAGUCAUUUGGCAAUCCGUAUACCAUUGAGGAGCUCAGGAACUUCUUUGGCAAGAAAAAUCUGAUCCCUAUAUUCUUUGACUUGGGUGCUUCUGAUUGCCUUUCCAGAGAUAUUAUUGAGAAGAGAGGAGAACUGUGGGAGAGGCAUGGUGGUGAGCUCUGGAUGUUAUAUGGUGGAAUGGAACAGGAGUGGAGGGAAUCAGUUGAUGCUCUUUCUCGGGUGUCAGAUGUGCAAUUAGAAGCAAAUGAUGGUAAUUGGAGGCAUUGCAUACUGCAAACAAUCAUUCUUUUGGCCACAAAAUUGGGCAGGAGAAGUGUGGUUGAUCGAGUGAAUAGGUGGAGAGGGAGGGUGGAGAAGGAAGAAUUCCCUUUCCCUCGCAAUGAUGAUUUUGUUGGUAGGAAAAAAGAGCUCUCAGAGUUGGAGCUUAUUUUAUUUGGUGAUGUGAGCGGAGAUGGGGAAAGAGAGUAUUUUGAGAUCAAGACGAAGCAGAGAAGAAAGGGCCUUCUAAUUGGACGGUCUGUUAACAACUAUGAGCAAGUAAAUACUGAUGAGAGUAAAGGAAAGGAGCCAGUGUUGUGGAAGGAGACCAAGGAAAACAUUGAGAUGCAGAGACUGGGCAGUCCAUUACGACAUGGGAGACCAUUUAGAACAAAAAAUGAUGGCAGGUAUGGGAGGAAGAAAAGAUGUAGGAAGAUACUCUAUGGAAAGGGUAUUGCCUGCAUAUCAGGGGAAUCUGGAAUUGGCAAGACAGAAUUGGUUUUGGAGUAUGCAUACAGGUUCUCCCAGAGAUAUAAGAUGGUCUUAUGGGUCAGAGGAGAAAGCAGGUACAUCCGACAAAACUAUUUAGCUUUGCGGACUUUUUUGGAAGUUGAUUUAAGUGUUGAUAAUCACUUGCAUGAGAAAGGAAGUGACCGAUGCUUUGAAGAGCAGGAAGACGAAGCAAUCGCCAAAAUACGGCAAGAACUGAUGCGGGACAUACCGUUUUUAGUUAUCAUUGAUAAUUUGGAGAGUGAGAAAGACUGGUGGGAUAAGAGAGUUAUAACAGACCUUCUCCCACAUUUUGGUGGAGAGACCCACUUCAUCAUAACAACACGCCUUUCACGUGUGAUGAACUUGGAGCCAAUGAAGCUUUCUUAUUUGUCCGGUGCUGAGGCAAUGUCUUUGAUGAAGGGAGGUGUCAAGGAUUAUCCACUGGUGGAAAUUGAUGCGCUAAAGGCAAUUGAAGAAAAGCUUGGGAGACUCACUCUUGGCCUUGGUAUUGUGGGAGCCAUACUUUCAGAGCUUCCAAUCACUCCGAGUAGGCUUCUUGACACAUUGAGUCGAACUCUUCCCAUAAGAGAUUUUACUUGGAAUGAGAGAGAUGCUCUCGGUUUGAAAAAUCAUGAAAUCCUCGUUCGGCUCCUGGAUGUCUGCCUAUCGAUAUUUGACCAUGCUGAUGGUCCUAGGAGCUUGGCAACCCGGAUGAUUCAAGUGUGUGGUUGGUUUGCACCUUCUGCAGUUCCAAUACCUAUGUUGGCCUUGGCUGCACAUAAAGUCCCGAAGAAGCACCGGAGGGGUCCAAGGUGGAGGAAGUGGUGGCGAACAGUUACUUGUGGCUUGGCUACAUCUAGGAUGAAGAAAUCUGAAGCUGAAGCGGCUGCAAUGCUGAUGAGGUUUGGUAUUGCCAGAUGCAGCACAAAGCCUGAACAUGUACAGUUCCAUGAUCUGAUCAGGCUAUAUGCUUGCAAGCGAGGAGGGACACGAACAGUACAAGCUGUUGUCCAAUCAAUCUACCUCCGAGGCUCAAUUAAACAGUCUUCCGAGCACCUGUGGGCUGCCUGCUUCAUGAUUUUUGGAUUUGGUUCUGAUCCUUUGCUGGUAGAACCAAGGCCAUCUGAGUUAAUUUUCUUUGUGAAGCAGAUUGUUGUGCCCCUUGCAAUCAACACAUUCAUCACCUAUUCCCGAUGUAAUGCAGCUCUAGAGCUGCUGCGGCUAUGCACCGAGGCAUUGGAGCGUGCAGCUGACUCAAUGCUUUCUCAUGCUGGCAAAUGGAGAGAAACACCGUUCUCCUGUUUCAGGCCAACUCAGUCAGAAGCCCAAUACACAUGUCUUUGGCAGGAGCUGGCUCUUCUGAAAGCAUCUGUUUUGGAAACACGUGCCAAGCUGAUGCUUCGAGGAGGACAGUAUGACACUGGAGAUGACCUAAUAAGGAAGGCCAUAUUCAUCCUGACUUCCAUUUGUGGCGAGCACCAUCCUAACACGGUUUCUGCUCGAGAAACCCUCAGUAAACUCACAAGGCUUCUUACAAAUGUUCAGCUUAGUUGAUUCAUAUAGCUUAGGAGUUCACCAAUAUAUUCUUUUCAGUGUGGUCUUCCAUAAACACUGUACAAAAUGCCCCAGAUCUUCAAAUAACAAAAGAAAAUUUGUCUA